AAAAUAUAAUAUCACUAAGGAUUUUGAGAACUGCUCGCUGUGGUCACACUGUCUGUACAGGGUGAUGCAUUUUAAAGGAAAUCAAAACAACGAAAAUGCCGGCGAAAAGAGCUUGGCGGAAACUAGUGAAAAAACAGCAGAGACAACGGCGACGGCAGCGACAAGCGCGAGCGCGUGAGAAAGAGGAGGCUUUGGAAGAGGAAGCAUUGAAAGCAAAGCCCGAGUAUGAGGCAUGGUUAAAGCAACAAGCGGAGCUCGAAGAAUUUCACCGCCUGGCCAGUGAACGUUUAAGAGCAGAGGAAGAAGAAGCCUGGUUACGUCGAGAAGCAUUGGCUCAACGUCAAUUCCAGAUCGAUAGAGCUAAGCGUGCACAGGAAGAGUCAAAACUAGAGAGCUUACGAUUGCAGCAAGCAAAGGAAUUGGAGGAAGAACUGGAGAAGCAGCGAAAAAGGCGAGAAGAGAGUAAAAGACUGGCUGAAGAAGCCGCAGCGGAGUUCGAGGCUAUGCUACAACGCAUGCAAGAGUAUAUGGAUGACAGUGAAGACCGCACGCCGCCAGCUGAGCUGCGUCGUGUGGUGGAAACAAAUCCUGCAGAGAAAUUGUGCGAGUUCUAUACACGUACCAAUUGCUGUCGAUACGGCAACAGUUGCACCUUCAAUCAUCGUCGUCCAAUGCUGGCAAAGAUCUUACUAAUACGCCACUUCUUCACACACCCACUGCUACAGGUGGGUGAGACGCACAAGGAAUACGCGAGCACAGACGAGCACCUCGAGCUGACAGAGCAGGACUUGCGCAAUGACUAUGACGAAUUCUUCAACGAUGCGAUUGGUGAGCUGCAAAAGUUUGGCAAAAUCUUAAACUUUCGCGCUGUGCGCAACACAUUGCCCCACCUGAGAGGUCACGUAUUCGUGGAGUACGCGCAGGAGCGUUUUGCACUGCGCGCCUUCGUUAAUCUGCAAGGACGUUACUAUGCAUCCAGACGCCUUCAAGUGGAGUUCUCAAAUCUCAAAGGGUGGCGUGGUGCCGUUUGCGGUACGUGAAGCGCAUGUCAUGAGCCGCUACAGCUGUGGCUAUCUCCACCUAUUUCGCAAUCCAAACAAUUUGUUUAACAGUAGCUUGGAGCUCUAUGAUACACCAAAGAGCACACGC